AUGGGUGCUGUGGAAGAGUCCUCGGUGCAAGUUGAUGCCCAACUGAAAGAAAUUGCUGUAGUUGCUAAUCCUUUAGCCGUUCCAGAUAUACUGUCCAGCUCAUCAUUGUCUGAAGUAACAGGUGAUGGCGGCGAAGCGGGCAAAAUUUUGCCUAUUGGAGGUACUUACAAGUCCUCCUACAGAUGCCGUCGUGUGGCCUCCAAGACAGUUCUGUCAUUCCAGGCAAAAGACCCUGAGAACCCGGUAAAUUGGUCGACGAACAAAAAACUUUUCAUUCUCUUCUCCGGAAUCAUGAACGUGCUAAAUAGCACACUUGGUUCUUCUUUACCCAGUGGAGCCAUCUCUUAUAUGGCACAGGAGUUCAACAUUGUGUCUGCUGAACAGUUGACUCUUCCAAUCUCGUUGUUCUUACUCGGCUACGUCUUCGGGCCAAUCGUCUGCGGGCCCCUAUCGGAAUCCUAUGGGCGUAAGCCAGUAGUCGUAGUAGGAUUUGCGGCGUUUAUGCUGUUCACGCUUGCGUGUGCCCUGUCGCAAAGCUGGGCUGCCUUGUUAGCCAUGCGGUUCUUCGUUGGGGUGUCCGCAUCGGCGCCCAUCGCGGUCGUUGGCGGCGUGUUUGCCGAUGUUUAUGAUGAACCCAGAACCAGAGGGAGAUAUAUGGCCUUUUUUAUGGCAUCGACAUGUGCAGGCCCUAUUGUUGGCCCACCUGUCACCGGUUUUAUAUCGGUAGUAAACUGGAGAUGGAGUUUCUGGGUAGGCUUGAUAUUCGCAGGGUUGACGGCUCCCAUUGUUCUCCUGACGCCCGAAACGUAUGCUCCAAUCCUCCUGCAGCAAAGAGCUCGGAAAUUGCGCAAGGAAACAGGAAAUGAUAAGAUUGUCGCGGCACUCGACUUGGAGAAGAAAGGGAUCAAGGAGACCUUGACUGUUACACUGACAAGGCCCAUUAGAAUGAUUAUGUUUGAAUCAAUCGUGCUUUUCACCUGUCUAUAUCUAGCAUUGGUUUAUGCCAUAUUCUUCAUGUAUUUUCAGACAUAUCCAUUAAUUUUUCAAAGAACAUACCAUAUGAGCCCAGGAGUCGCAGGACUGAUGUACCUACCGAUUGGCGCUGGGGUUGCCGCAGCUCUCGGUCUCUUUUUCUGCUGGGACAGUUACAUCAACCGUGCGAAACUCCGAAACGCUCCUUGGGCCGCUGUGGAAGAAUAUCGGCGGCUUCCCCUGGCUGUUAUUGGUGGCCCCCUAUUUGUUGUAUCUCUCUUUUGGCUGGGCUGGACUGCUUCCCCAGAUAUCCACUGGUCUGUCCCCAUGCUCUCUGGCAUCCCGUUUGGUGCGGGCUUCCUCCUCAUUUUUAUCGCAAUGAUCAACUACCUUUCUGAUGCAUACGAGACCUUCUCGGCUAGCGCGCAAUCAGCCGCAAGUUUUGCACGAAGCAUUCUCGGAACAGCUCUCCCGGUAGCGGCGGGGCACCGGAUAAGAGCCGGAAGCCGGUUUUGCCAGCAUCUUAAGCAGCUCAAAGAGCAAAAGCUGAGAGAAGAUCAGGAAGAAGAGGGUGGUAGUCAAGCUGCUGAUGGGCUAGUACGCAGUGCGGAAAAGCCGGAUAAACCGGAGAAAGCCUGA